AUGCCGCUCGAAGCAAAUGCCCCCCCGGGUUAUAUUGAACGAUACAUCCACAGUGAGAUUUACAAGAUGUAUCCUGCCGUCAAUAGCAUCGUACACAGUCAUGCAAGUGCUGCCGUUCCAUAUAGGAUCUUAGACACUUCAACUCCGGUCUAUGAUGUUGCAGAGCACUAUCAACCAGACGAGAUCCGCGACCUCCUGAUCCGGAGUGUUCCUCUCGGGCAGGCACUCGCAUCGUCUUUCUCCAAGAGACAUUCUGGUUUGACAGGACCAGACCAUGCCGUAGUCUUUAUGCGUGGUCAUGGUUCCAGAGUGGUACCAUCCAGCAUCGAAGACUGCAUCUUCCGCGCAAAUUACACCAAAGAAAAUGCUCUCAUUCAGACAACGAGUCUUGGGCUGAGGAACGCAUAUCACAACUUUGAUGAAGCACAAAUUCAGCAUCUGCAUUACGACGAGAUUGAAGGGACUAAGACUAUGGGAGAAGCCACUUGUCACCGGCCAUGGGGGCUCCAGCUUCGGGGGGUGGAAGAUGCAACACCGUAUGGCAAGGAAUAG